AUGGGAUUCUUUAGUACCACCACCACAUCUCCUCCACCCCCGAAGAUCUCCUCGGACGGCGCCCCUAUAGCCCCGGAUCGCACGCAGAGAGCGAAGUGUUGGGAGGGGAGAGAUGGGUAUUUCAAGUGUCUGGAUAAGAAUGGGAUCAUAGACAGUAUCGGGGAGAAGGACAAAGCGGAGAAGGCGUGUGCGAGUGAGGCGAGAGGGUUCGAGGCGAAUUGUGCGUCGAGUUGGGUCACGUACUUCAAGAAGCGGCGAGUAAUGGAAUACCAGAAGUUCCAAACCAUGGAGAAGUUGAGGGCCGAAGGAGCACAAGAGAUGCCCGGAGAAAUUGGUCAGGGAGCACCUGGACAGAAGCCAUGA